GAGGCAGCAUCAUUCACCAUCACCCGGUCAGAGUGGCAGGAGACCGGAGGAGGGACGGCUCUCAGCGGCAGCAUCACCCGGUAAGAGAUCGGAGGAGGGACGGCUCUCAGCGGCAGCAUCACCCGGUAAGAGACCGGAGGAGGGACGGCUCCCAGCGGCAGCAUCAUCCGUUCCUGUUGGGUGUUGGUCGAAUCAUCUCCUGCGCCGCCAGUCAAUGCUGAUACACAUCAUGUUUGACCGUGAAGACUUGUGACGGGAGAACGUCGAAACCUGUCUUCUCAGUCUGCUUCCAUUAAAACACAGCCCAAGAGCAUCAUGGGAGGCGUGGCGGUUGACGUGGGUGCAGAGGGGGUGAAGGCUCCAGAUGGCGGUUGGGGCUGGGUGGUGCUGGCCGGCUGCUUUGUCAUCACAGGUUUCUCCUACGCUUUCCCUAAAGCGGUCAGUGUCUUCUUCAAAGAGCUGAUCAGGGAGUUUGGGGUGGGAUACAGCGACACUGCCUGGAUCUCCUCCAUACUGCUGGCCAUGCUCUACGGCACAGGUCCUCUGUGCAGUGUGCUGGUGAACCGCUUUGGCUGUCGUCCAGUGAUGAUGGUAGGCGGCCUCUUCGCCUCUCUGGGAAUGAUCCUGGCCUCUUUCUCCACCAGCAUCAUCCACAUCUACCUCUCUACCGGGGUCAUUACAGGUUUGGGGUUAGCCCUUAACUUCCAACCAUCUCUCAUUAUGCUCAACCGCUACUUCAGUGAGAAGCGUCCUCUGGCCAAUGGGCUAUCAGCAGCAGGAAGCCCCGUGGCCCUGUGCUGCCUGUCGCCACUGGGCCAGGUCCUCCAGUACCAGUACGGGUGGAGGGGGGGCUUCCUCAUCUUGGGUGGCAUUCUACUCAACUGUUGUGUGUGCGGGGCUCUAAUGAAGCCUCUGGUUGCCCCCAAGACGCUCAAGUCUAAGGACCCGGAACAGGACAACGAAGAAGGACCAGAGAAGAAGAAUAAGCCCAAAGCCAAACUGCUGGACUUCUCUGUGUUCAGAGACUGUGGCUUUCUCAUCUACACGGUGGCGGCGUCCAUCAUGGUGCUGGGGCUGUUUGUGCCUCCAGUGUUUGUCGUGAGCUAUGCUAAGGAGCUGGGGAAUGAGGACACCAAAUCGGCUCUGCUGCUCACUAUCCUGGGCUUCAUUGACAUGUUUGCACGCCCAACAUGUGGUGUGAUUGCCGGACUGAAAUGGGUGCGGCCUCGUUGCGUCUACCUCUUCAGCUUUGCAAUGAUCUUCAAUGGAACCACUGACCUGGUCGGAUCACAGGCCAACGACUAUACAUCGCUGGUGGUCUUCUGCAUCUUCUUCGGCAUCUCCUACGGCAUGGUGGGUGCUCUGCAGUUUGAGGUUCUCAUGGCAAUAGUUGGUACCGAGAAGUUCCCCAGUGCCAUUGGCCUGGUCCUGCUCAUGGAGGCCAUUGCUGUGCUGGUGGGGCCACCUGGUGCAGGCCGGCUUCUUGAUGCCACCAAGAACUACAUGUGGGUCUUCCUGCUGGCAGGAAGCGAGGUGGUCCUCGCAGCUGUGGUUCUGGCUUCCUGUAACUUCCUGUUUAUGAGAAACAAGUCCUCAGCAUCAGCAGACAAGCUUGAAAACAUCACAGUGACAGACGAUGCAACAGAGGUGUGCAGCAAAUCUGAGAUGAAUGACGAAGAGGAGAAGGGAGCAAGAGAGGAGCAAGAGAAGGAGACAAAGAAGGAGGUGAUAAAGGAGCUAAAGGAGGAGGAGACAGACAAAGUAGAGGAGGUCAGGCCAGACAGUGUAACAGUAGACUCACAGGAAGUGGAAAGGUUCUUGAAAGAGCCACAACAAAAUGGUGACAUGGCCAUCAGUCCUGAACAACCUGUGAGCAGGGAGGGACGAGGCUGGAUGACGUUAGACUAUUAUAAAAUAACUCAACGACGAAUGAGGUCAACACUCAAGUGUUUCUAAUGAGCACGCUAAUCGGAUAGUUGUGCUUUGUGUUUAAUCCAGGUGUUCAUGUCCGUCUCACAGGGGGCUGAUUGGUGUCACUGCCUUAUGAAAGAGUAAUAGUUAUAUCAGCAAUAUUCCAACACUAAAUGUUUUAAAUGUGGUGGUUAAUAGUAUACAAUAAGAGAACUCAGUUACAGCACCGCCUUGUGUAUAGCCUAGAGUUUAUAUCAAGAGUCCAAAGUUUUAUUUUGAUAUAGCCACCAGCAAAUAAUGUUAAAGGAUGAUUUUGACGAUAUUCUAUAUUCAUAUGUAGUGUCAAAACAUCCCAUGAAAAGACCAUAACUACAGAUGGGAAAUGUGCUUUUAGCUAUAUCUGGUGAAAUUUGCACUGUCCCUGUUAAAUACCAAUAAAACUUUAAAAAAAUAAACCAACAAUCAAUUUAUCCAACUACAGGCCUGGUCACAUCAACAAGUGGCACAGCUAAAGGUGCAGUGUGCCGGAUUUGGCAACAUCUAGUGGUGUGGUUGCCAGAUUGCAACCAACUGAAUACCCCUCCUCACUCGUCCCUAAGACUGUGGUAACGUGAGCCGCUGAGGCCUUUGGCCUCUCAGAGACCAUCCCUACUAUAAUAACACUACUUGGGAGCAACGGAAGUCAGACGGCGGCUGGCGGUACCAAGGUUUAACAGUCUGUAGCUCUGUUAACCGCAGUUUCACAAGCGUGUCUGAGAACUACGGUGGCCCUCAGGUAACGUAGAAAUGUAAAAGAUUCUCUCUAGAGCCAUAGUUUGAUUUGUCCGUUCUGGGCUACUGUAAAAAGCAUGUAGUAGCAACAUGGACGAGAAGAGGACCUGCUCCCUAUGUAGAUAUGAAGGACUCAUUCUAAGCUAAUGGAAACACAACCAUUCUUAGUUUCAAGUGAUUAUACACUAACAUAGUUAUGAAUGUUAUAUUCCAUUUCUACUACUAGAUCCCCUGAAAUGCUACACACUGGCCCUUUAAGCUGAUUCAUGCAUCCUAGUGAAAAAGUUAGCGCUAAAACUAGUGACGACGAGCAGGCUUACCACUAACUCUAGCCAGCCAGGAACAUGCUAGCACUAGUCGGUCACAGUACUCUUUGAGCUAGUUAGCAGGCUUGCUAACUGUCAAUUAGCAAAUCUGGCCUCCGUUGUAACGGUCUCCACUAUAAGAGUGGAUGGUGCAAUAAGCUACAGCUUCCUCCGGCUCUCAACGCAGUCCAUUUGCUAUAUUUCCACAAGACUACAGUACUGUGCCGGCUGUUUUAUGAAAUAUUAGACAACAUAUUUGUGAGACGUCUGCAGUAGGAACCAAUGGGCUUAAAGCUGAGAGCCACGGAGACAAUGUGGGGGAAUGAGAAAGUAUUGAGCGACGGACUAACACGUAGUUAGGUCUUUUCAUUGGAUCUAUUAAAAAUAAAAAAGAUCGAUUGACGCCAACGAAUUCCUUUGACAACAAAAGGCAGCUUUUUUUUCUUCGAACGUGUUCUAAAGAGUCAUAACAGCUUGUUUGUUUGAGUAGGAACUCCUUUCUAUUAAUGUUUCAAAUGCUCAGUGUUUGCUGUGAAAAGCUCCCCUCACUACCUGUGUCUUCAGAGUACGAGCUGUCUUCCCACACGGUAUGUUCUCUCACAGUUAAGGCCGAUGUGAUGUUUCAGUGAGAAGUGGUUUCUGUUGUAUUGGUGCUAAAUGGUUGCUAAAUGGUUGCUAAAUGGUUGCUAAUGGUUGCUACUAAUGGCUGCUACAUGCAUGGAGUGUCAAUGUUGAAAUUGUUUGAAGAUUGUUGCUGGUCUCGUGGUAGCUUUGUGAUUCCUCCUCGAGUUAUAAGCAGGGCCCAAAUAUUCUCCACAUCUUUGUUUUGGUCUUCAUCACCCUGUCCCAUGACAUACAGUAUUUUGACAGUCUUUUAGAUGAAGUGUGAUAUUUAAACUGAAGUGCUGCUCCACUGUCACUCAACAGACUCUACCUUUGAAUAACUGUAUGUGUGACUGUAGUUAACUGUUGAUAUCAAGCUUAGCACGGGACCAUUUGCGCUUGUCCCCAAAAAGCUCCAAGUUCACAUUGUGGUCUGAUGGUACGUGUCCACAGGGGUGUCUUUUAUCGUGAGGGAUCAUCUCUCUUCCCAGCAUUGGACGCUUGAUGGGCUGCCACUAGACACAAGGCACCUGAUUGGAACGAACAUUUUCCCUCGUGGGCCGCUGCUCCCAGCUUUCAAACCGGAACCAACAUGGUGGCUCGUUUGGAAACUUUCUUCUCUUAUUUCACGAAAAUAAUUCAGCAUAAUGUGUUUUCUGAAAACAUUUUAUGCGAUAAAUAAUCCAUGCAGUUGCAAAAUGUGUCUUUAUUUGGAUUGACACUGUUAGUUUAAAAGUUUCUGGGGAGUUUCCAGAGGUGGCGAGUCGCUCUGGACACCUCUGAUUUGCAUAAAGUAGCCUAGACCUCAACUUUAUGCAAAUGAGGAGCAGCCAACGUGACGCCCCGUUUCUCAAAUCGCACCGCCACGCUACCAGAAUGCAUUGCACGGCUGCUACAUAAACAGUGGAUGGGAAGCGUGUAAAGGACGGAGGCGGUGGAAACGUACCAUUAGAGUUGUAUAAGAGAAAAGAGAGAAAAGCUGUAGAGAUUCAGGCUGACAGACCGCUUACUGAUAGUGGGGCUAAAAUAGACUUUGAGGAAACAUCACUUAACUGAAUACUAGAUUACUUUUUCCUCAAACUCAUGUUGCCCACAUGCUUGUAUAAUCUGCACUGUUUGAAAAAUAUAGGUUAUGUACAACUUGAUUUUCAGUUUGAUGGAAGAUCCAUCCAUCCAUCCAUCCACCUGCAUGUCUUUGGACUGUGGGAGGAAGCCAGAGAACCCGGAGUAAACCCACACUAACACGGGGAGAACAUGCUAACUCCACCCAGAAGGGCCCCAAGAUGCAGUAUUAACAGUUUUUCUCUACCCUGCCCUCACAGAGCAUGUAGUGAAGUUAACAUGAAAAGAGAAAACAUCACUCUGUCCCUUAAAGGGACUGUUUGUUAAGAAUCAGAAAUACUUGUUAACAGCAACACCUGUGGCCGUUAAGUCAAUGAAAGUCAACGUCGGAUUCGCGCUUGUUCUCGCUCUACAUAGGCAUGAACGAGCAUUGCUCAAAACAGUGAAGCGACACACGUCAGCUAAAAAGUACAAUAUCACUCUAUAUUUCAGCUGCUUGGCAGUAAUGUUAGCUGACCAGACGAAGGUCUUCUCCAUGA